AUGAGCAACACGCGGGACAUCGCGUGUCUCUACAUGCGAGCGCGGGGACUGCCCAAGGCCGGCGAUGCGGCGCUGGCGAUCUCGGCCUUGAACGACCGGGCGACCGGGUGGCAGCAGGUGGGCCGGACCGAAUUCGUCUUCGGGACCGUCCUGGGCACCACCGAACCCAUUUGGCGCCCGAUGCAAGUGCCGGUCAAGCACCUGUUUGGCCACGCCGAAGAGCAGUUGCGCCUGGACUGUUUGCUCAAUUCCCCCUUCACGGGACCGUACUCCAUCGGCCACUGCCAGGUGAAUGCCUCGGAAUUCUUCAAGGCCGACAAGGCCGACAAGGACCAUGCCUUUAAGCUUCGCACCUCUGACGGAGCCGAUGCCGGAGCCGUCAACCUUUUGCACCACCACCUCAUCAAGCGUUACAGCUUCCUCGACUAUGUGUCGGGCGGGUGCGAGAUAUCGGUGAUGGUGGCCAUCGACUUCACGGCCUCCAACGGCGAUCCCGAGAAGAGAAGCAGCCUGCACUACGUGGGCGGUGGUCCAAACCAGUACGAAAUGGCCGUUCGCGCCGUGGCAGAACCCCUCUCCCACUACUGCGCCUCCAAGCACAUCCUCGCGUUUGGGUAUGGCGCAGAGAUACCACUCGGACACAGCGUGUCCCACUGCUUCGCGCUCACGUUCGACGACCAGAGGCCGGAGGCCAAGGGCGUCGAGGGCCUGCUCGAGUGCUACCGGGGAGCGCUCACGAAGGUGAAGCUCCGCGGACCGACCCACUUCGCCCAGAUCGGCGACAAGGCCGCCACGUACGCCGCCAACGGACCCAUAGGCGGCGGGCAGUCGCACCUGGUCCUCCUCAUCAUCACCGACGGUAAGCUCCACCUCCCCGCCUCCGCGUCGGCGCGAGGCGGUGGUUUGUGGACCCCAGGGAUCAUCAACGACAUGGAGGAGACGGUGCAGCAGAUCGAGGAGGCCAGCGCGCUGCCCCUCUCCAUUCUCAUCGUGGGCGUGGGCGACGCCGACUUCACGAACAUGGACCUGCUCUGCGAGAGCCACCCCAACGUCAAGGUGACAGUCGCACACCACUUCGUGGCCAUGGCGGAGUACACGGAUCAGCCGCCCUCCGAACUGUCCGCUGAGCUGCUCAAGGACGUGCCACAGCAGUUGGUCGGCUACAUGCACGAAAACCACCUCCGGCCUGUUCACCCGCCCGCCAGCUCCCUGCCAGCGGUGUGGGCGGAAGCGCAACGCAAGGCCCGGUCGGGCGGCGGCGAAGAGGAAGUAGAAAGCGAGGAUGAAGAGGAGGAGGAGGAGAGCCUGCUCAGGACAGAGCCGCCUCAGUGGGAGCGGGACGACGCGGCCACCCACUGCACCCGGUGCCAGUCCGAGUUCAGCCUCCUCUGGCGACGGUACAGCUCGCUCCUGCCGUUCUCGCCCGACCCCACCCCGCAGCGGUGCUACGCCACCCUGGUCCGCCUCCACUACCCGUGCAAAUAA